AUGAAAGUCAAGCAUUCAAACGGUUCUGCACAGUCACUCUCCAAAUGCACUGGAGAACGUCGUGCGCUUCUAAUUGGGAUCAAUUACACUGGUCGCCCUAACCCUCUGCAAGGUUGUAUCAACGACACUGCGGUCAUGAAAGAUUUCCUUUUGGGUUUUAACUUCAAAGAAGAGAAUAUCCGCGUUCUCACAGACGAUCAAGUCGACACCCCUUGGAUGCCCACUCGCGAGAAUAUUAUUGAGAAUCUCAAAUGGUUACUUCAUGGUGCUCAGAAAGAUGACUCACUUUUCUUGCAUUAUUCUGGACAUGGGGGUCAAGUUCUGGAUCUCGAUGACGAUGAGGUUGGAGACUAUGACAACUGCAUUUUCCCUCUUGAUCAUAAAGAGAAUGGGGUGAUUAUAGACGAUGAGUUGCACAUGAUUCUGGUCAAGGCAUUGCCCCCAGGUGUCCGUCUGACGGUUUUAUUUGAUUGCUGCCACUCAGGAUCUGCUUUGGACCUGCCAUACAUCUAUACGGGAACCGGCUACAUUCGGGGUUCAGACGCUCUUGCUAAUCUAGGUCAUGAACUCGUCUCAGGCAACUUUGAUCCAGAAGCGCUUAAGAAUCUCCAGGCAAAAUGGGUGAAGCUGAAGGAGGAGAAAGAAAAGUUUGAACUCCAGGUCAAGCUUAAGGCUGUCCAUGACGCAGAUGUAGUCAUGUUUAGUGGAUGUAAAGACGACGAAACAUCCGCUGAUGUGAGCGUCACUCGAGGAAAGACCUCGUCCGCGAAUGGCGCAAUGACCUACGCAUUCACCAAGAGUUACCGCGAAAAUUCUGUGCAAACAUACCAGGAUUUCCUUAAUAGCAUCCGUGAUCUGAUGCGGGAGAAGUACAAGCAGAAGCCUCAAUUGAGCUCAUCGCGCCCGAAGAACAUGGCGGAGUUGUUCUUUUUGUAA